AAUGAAAAGAAAAGCUGUUGUUUUUAGGGUUCAUCAAAACGUCUAAGGAAUUCAAUUCAAAAUGAGACCUCUAGAUGAACAAGAAACCACACAAGUCUUCGAAAAGCUUCACAAAUUCGUAGGUAACAACCUCAAAAACAUAGUCGAAAACCCAUCACAUGAAGGACCAGACAACACACCUGGUCGUUACUGUUUCCGUCUUCAAAGAAACAGAGUUUAUUAUGUCUCUGAAUCCCUCGUUAAACGUGCCACAAACAUAAAGCGUGACAACUUAGUUUCAUUGGGUACCCAAAUAGGUAAAUUCACUAAAGGUGGUAAAUUUCACCUUACUGUACAGUGUUUGGGUAUGUUAGCAGCACAUUCGAAGCAUAAAGUGUGGUUGAAACCUACUUCAGAGAUGAGUUUUUUGUAUGGUAAUAAUGUUUUGAAAGGUGGGGUUGGGAGAAUUACCGAGAGUAUUAGUGAACAUGAUGGGGUUGUUGUGUUUUCGAUGUCGGAUGUGGCGUUGGGAUUUGGUGUUGCAGCGAAGAGUACUCAAGAUUGUAGGAAAAUGGAUCCUAAUGGUAUUGUUGUUCUUCAUCAAGCUGAUAUUGGUGAGUAUUUGAGGAUGGAAGAUGAUCUUUAAAUUUGGAUUUUGGGGGGUUUAUGUUUGUGUAAUCCAAUUUUGGUGUCGUUGUAUGUUUGCUCAAGUAUGAGUUUUCAGAAAACUUUUAUAUAUUGCUUACUGGUGGAAUCAUUCUUUCUAUUUUUCUUGCUUUAAUUUGUUAAUGCGAACUUAGAAAAUGUUGGCACUCAUGUUAUAUAGUUCAGCCACAUUCCCUAGAUCACCUGCUCUCUAUGUCAACUCUGCUCUUGCCUUUCUCCAAUAAAGGUAACUAAUGCUAGGUUUCUUAUUA